CUGGGGGUAUCGCGCGGACUGAUCUGCAUACAGUUCGGGGAUGAAUUUGACGGACGCCGCAUAGAGUCCGUGGAUCGUUAGGGGUCGGUGAGCCGAGGGGUAAUGGGAUCGCACUGUGCAAUGGAGGAGGACUUGGAACAGCGCUGACCGGGAGGGAAUAAUGAUGCUGCGUCUGCUGCUGCUGGCCCUCCUAUGUGGAGGGGUCUCCGGAGGCUCUCACUCUCUCCGUUAUUUCAACAUGGCGGUGACCCCGGGGUCAGGUGUCCCUGAGUUUGUGGUGGUUGGGUAUGUGGAUGAGGAGAAGAUCGUUUACUACGACAGUGUGUUGGGACGGACGGUGCCCCGACAGCAGUGGAUGGCGGAGAGUCAGGGACCCGACUACUGGGAACGGGAGACACAGAUCUUUCGGGGCAAUGAGCAGGUGUCCAAGGCCAACAUCCACACCCUGAUGAGACAGACCAACCAGACAGGGGGGAUCCACUUUCUCCAGAGGAUGUAUGGCUGUGAACUCCGUGACGAUGGGACCACCACCGGGUUCAAUCGGUACGGCUGGGACGGGUCAGACUUCAUCUCCUUCGACAAGGACCGGAUGGUGUGGGUGACCCCUGUGCCCUGGGGUCAGAUCACUAAGGACAAGUGGGAUCGGAACACGGCCAUGAACCAGGAUUUGAAGGGAUACCUGGAGCAGGAGUGCAUCGAAUGGCUGACAAGAUACGUCAGGGCCGGGGAGAGUCACCUGCAACCCAGUCCGAAGCCCAACUCCAUCCCAAUCUGGAUCAUCGCUGUCGUUGUGGUCCUGGUGAUCCUGGUGGUCGUCAUCGCUGUUGGUGUUGCCUACAAAAAGAGAGCAGCGUGUUUCUCAGCAGGGAACAAAGGCUACAAUCCCACCAAAAAUCCCCCCGAAGUCUACUUCACCGCCUCCGAGGACAACCGCCUCCUCUCCUGUGUGGCCACUGGUUUCUACCCUCAGUCCAUCGACGUGACUAUUCUGCGGAAUGGCCGGAUCGUGGAGGAGACCCAUUCCCACGGGAUCCUGCCCAAUCACGACAACACCUACCAGCUGACCAGGACGGUGCAGGUGGAGCCCACGGACACUGCAGAGUUCUCCUGUUGGGUGGAACACCGGGGUCUCCCCGAGCCCCUCGUCCUGAUCCUGGGUUCGAAGCCCAACUCCAUCCCAAUCUGGAUCCUCGCUAUAUUUGUGGUCCUGGUGAUCCUGGUGGUCGUCAUCGCUGUUGGUGUUGCCUACAAAAACAAAGCAGCGUGUUUCUCAGCAGGGAACAAAGGCUACAAUCCCACCAAAACUUCUGACAAAGGAGAAUCCUCCUCCAACUCCUCUGCCACGGCCUGAGGAAAUUCAGUUCACGGUGGGAUAUUGAUGAAGGAAUCUAUGGGAACAGAGUGUAAUCCUGGGACCCUGGGUGAUUAGCGAGUUAUUCUCCAGGGAAAUCAAUGAUUUAUGCUUUGAUCUUCAUGCUUGGGAAUACUGAUAAUUUGCUGAUUCACUGCAAGAGAAUGUUGUUUUGUUUUUCAAAGGAAGCUGAAUUACUUUAGCGUGUGUGGGAUGAAGGGAAGGGGCUUAGUGGGGAACAGCUCUGACCCACAGCUCAGCCCUGGUCGGCAUCUGGAGACUCACAGCUGGACGAAUAGAUUUGCUCAUUCAGUCAAUUUGACUGUUGACUGAGAGUGGCUUCUGGCCCGUGUGGGAUGGGAGGGGAGUAGAUGUUAGGUCCUUGAGUUAUGUUGUCACUUUAACCCAUGGGCUGUGGGGGUAAUCACAGGGAGAUCUGGAAAUGUGAUUUUAUGCUGGUGGUGGGGAGGGAGGGAAAGGUUCAUUUGUGCUUCAAUGUCAAGGCUUUUUAAUACAGAAUCCAAAUAAAGUCGAUGUUUACUCCAUCUCCCUGUCUGGCGGUGUUUGUGGUGGUGGGAACAUUGGAAUUUGAAGGAUGCAGCCACUAGGACUCCGGACAAUGUGGGAAUGAUGUGUAUUAUGGAUUUAAGGAGAAUCUGCAUUUCUGGGAGGGUGUGGGAGAAGACAUGAGGAGUGGUUCCUGAUGAGGCAACAGUGACCAGGGAGAGAUCUGGCAAGGACCAAUAAAAUGGUGUCUGGUACAGUGGUGACUAUGUUUCUGAGAAGCUCCUAGUUACCUUCUGCAAAGUUGGAAGUCAAGGAUUUACCUAAUUGCACCAUCAUUCAGAAUCAGGUUUAAUAUCAGUGGCAAUGUCAUGAAAAUUGUUGUUUUGUGGCAGUUAUCACCUCUCAACCAUCAGGCUCUUGAUCCAGGGGCAGUAACCAACAGGUUUCCAAAACGUCUUUAGACUUGGGAAAAGAAUUAGCCCAUUUGGUCAUCAAGUCUGCUCCGACUUUAAACCAUGGCUGAUCCCUUUUUCUUCUCCUCAGCCCCACUCCCUGGCCUUCUCCCCAUAACCUUUGAUGUCAUGUCCCAUCAAAACCUGACCAGCUCUGCCUUAAAUACACCCAACGACCUGGUCUCCACAGCUGCCUGUGGUAAUAAAUUCCACAAAUUCACCACCUUCUGGCUAAAGAAAUCUCUGUAUCUCUGUUUUAAUGGAUGCCCCUCUGUCCUGAGGCUGUGCCCUCUUGUCCUAUACUCCCCCACCAUGGGAAACAUCCUUUCCACAUCUACUCUGUCCAGGCCUUUCAACAUUAGAAAGGUUUCAAUGAGGUCCCCCCUCAUCCUUCUGAAUUCCAGUGAGCACAGACCCAGAGCCAUCAAACAUUCCUUGUAUGAUAACCCUUUCAUUCCCAGAAUCAUCCUUGUGAACCUCCUCUGGGUCCUCUCCAAUGCCAGCACAUCUUUUCUUAGAUGAGGAGCCCAAAACUGUUCACAAUACUCAGUGAGGCCUCACCAGUGCCUUAUAAGGCCUCAGCAUCACAUCCCUGCUCUUGUAUUCGAGACCUCUUGAAAUGAAUGCUAACAUUGCAUUUGCCUUCCUCACCAUCGACUCAACCUGCAAAUUAACCUUCAGGGUGUUCUGCACAAGGACUCCCAAAUCUCUAUGCAUCUCAGAUUUCUGGAUUUCCUCCCUGUUUAGAAAAUAGUCUGCUCAUUUAUUUCUACUACUAAAGUGCAUGACUUUGCAUCUUCCAACAUUAUAUUUCAUUUACCAUUCUCUUGCCCAUUCUAAUCUGUCUAAGUCUUCCUGCAGCCUACCUGUUUCUUCAACACUACCUGCCCCUCCACUAAUCUUCAUAUCAUUUGCAAACUCGGCAACAAAGCCAUCUAUUCCAUCAUCUAAAUCAUUGAUAUACAGCAUAAAAAGAAGCUGUACCAACACCGACCCCUGUAGAACACCAUUAGUCUCUGGCAGCCAACCAGAAGACAAUCCUUUUAUUCCCACUGGCUGCCUCCUACCAAUCAGCCAAUGCUCUAACCAUGUUAGUAAAUUUCCUGUAAUACCAUGGGCUCUUAACUUGGUAAGCAGCCUCAUGUGUGGCACCUUGUCAAAGGCCUUCUGAAAGUCAAAAUGUACAACAUCCACUGCAUCCCCUUUAUCUAUCCUACGUGCAAUCUCAAAAAAUUCCAACAGGUUCAUCAGGCAAGAUUUCCCCUGAAGGAAAUCAUGCUGACGUUGUCCUGUCUUGCCCUGUGUCCCCAAGUACUACUUAACCUCAUCCUUUACUCCAACAUCUUACCUGUCAUUGAGGUCAGACUAACUGGUCUAUAAUUUCCUUUCUACUGCCGCCCUCUUUAAAGAAUGGAGUGAUAUUUGCAAUUUUGCAAUCCUCUGGCAUCAUGGCAGAGUUCAAUAAUUUUUGAAAGAUCAUUACUAAUGCCUCCAAAAUCUCUACCACUACCUGUUCCAGAACCCUAGGGUGCAGUUCAUCUGGUCCCGGUGACUUGUGUAGCCUUGAGACUUUAAGCUUUUCUGAGCACCUUCUCCCUUGUAAUGCACUCGCUUCUCAUCCUUCACACCCUUGAACAUCAGGCAUACUUGCUUAUGGCUUCCAAGUGAAGACUGAUGCAAAGCACUCAUUUAGUUCAUCUGGCAUCUCCUUGUCCCCGUUGAUAUUUCUCUGGCCUCAUUUUGAAGUGGUCCUAUAUCCACUCUUACCUCUCUUUCAUUUUUUACAUACUUGGAAAAAGUUUUUAUUAUCCACUUUGAUAUUGUUUGACAGCUUGCUUUCAGAAUUAAUCUUUUCCCUCCUAAUGAUUCAUUUAGUUGCUGUCUGUAGCUUUUUAAAAGAUUUCCAAUCCUCUGUCUUCCUGCUAAUUUUGCUUUGUUGUAUGCCCUCUCUUUGACUUUUACAUUAGCUUUGUCUUCCCUUGUCAGCCACGGUUGUACUAUUUUGCUAUUUCAAUAUUUCUUCAUUUUUGAAAUACAUCUAUCCCUUGUCUUCCUCAUUUUUCCCAGAAGCUCAAGCCAUUGCUGCUCUGCUGUCAUCCCUGCCAGCAUCUCCUUCCAAUUUAUUUUGGCCAACUCCCCUCACGUAAUACUGUAAUUUCCCUUACUCCACUGAAAUACUGCUACAUCAGACUUCACUUUCUCUCUUAUCAAAUUUCAAGCUGAACUCAAUCAUAUUGCAAUCACUGGUUCCUAAGGUUCUUUUACCUUAAGCUCCCUAAUCACCUCCGGUUAAUUACAUAACACCCAAUCCAGUAUAGCAGAUCCCCUCGUAGGCUCAAUGGCAAACUGCUCUAAAAAGCCAUCUCAUAGGCAUUCAACCAACUCACUCUCUUGAGAUCCAUUUCCAACCUCAUUUUCCAAUCGACCUGCAUGUUAAAAUCUCCCAUGACUGUCAUAACAUUGCCCUUUUGACUUGCCUUUUCUAUUUCUUGUUGUAAUCUGUGGUCCACAUCCCAGCCCCUGUUGGGAGGCCUGUAUAUAACUGCUAUCAAGGUCCUUUUACCCUUGCAGUUUCUCAACUCAACCCACAAGGAUUCAACAUAUUCUGAUCUUAUGUCACAUCUUUCUACUGAUCUGAUGCCAUUUUUUUUUUAACCAACAGAGCCACGACACUCCCUCUGCUUUUUUUUCUAUCCCUCCGAUACAACGUGUAACCUUGGAUGUUUAGCUCCCAGCUACAACCAUCUGUCAGCCACGAUUCAGUGAUGGCUACAACAGCAUACCUGACAAUCUGUAAAUGUCCUUCAUACAUUGAGAUAUAACACUGAGUACUGUGAUCCUUUUCGAUUUUGCAUCCCCAAUACACAUACUCACCCUGUUGGCUGCAAUUUUGUCCUAUUAUCUGCCUGCUCUUCCUGACAGUCUGACUGCACGCUAUCUUUGCUUAUUUACUAUCCAUCCUACCCCGAGUCCCUUCACUCCAGACCCCAACCUGUUCAGCUGUAUCCCAUAACUUUUGAACAGGUUGUAUCUCCUCCAGAAGAAAUCCCAAUGAUCCAAGAACCUGAAGCCCUGCCCCCACACCAGCUUCUCAGCCAUGCAUUAAUUUGCUGAAUUAUCCUAUUUCUACCCUCACUGGUUCAUGGCACAGGUAGCAAUCCGGAAAUUACUACCCUGGAGAUCCUGCUUCUCAGCUUUCUGCCAGCUGUCUAAAUUCUCUCUUCAGGACCUCUAUGCUUUUCAUUCCUAUGUUAUUGGUACCAAUAUGUACAAAGACAUCUGGCUGUUCUCCCUCCCUUUCCAAAAUAUUGUAGACGUGAUCCAAGAUGUACCUGACCCUGGCACCAGGGAGACAACAUAACUCAUCCUGGUGUCCCAUUCAUAUCCACAGAAUCUCCUGUCUGUUCCCUGACUAUUGAGUCCCCUAUCACUACCAUUCCCCUCUUCUCCUUCUUUCCCUUCUGCACCAUGGACCUAUGUUCAGUGCGAGUAACCCAGUCUCCAUGGCACUCACCUGGGAGGUCGUCCCCCACAACAGUAUCCAAAACGGUACACUUAUUGAGGGGAAUGGCCACAGGGGUGCUCUGUGCUAACUGUCUAUUCACAUUUCCAUUUCCCCUGACAGUCACCCAGCUACUCGCCUCCUGCAAUUUUGGGGUGACUACUUCCCUGUAUCUCGGAUUGGUCCUCAUUCUCCCAUACAAAUCAAAGGUCAUCCAGCUGCCGCUCCAGAUCCCUGACACAGUCUUCAAGGAGUUGCACCUGGAUGCACUUCAUGCAGAUGUAGUUCCCUGGGAGACUUUGGGUCUUCUCUGCCUCCAACAAACAGUAUGAAGAGCACACAAAAACCAUUUAUUACACUAGGUACAGUAAGAGAAAAAAUGGGAACCUUAAGACAUGAAAGAAUAGGACCUAUCAAGUGUGACAGUGGGAAAGUGUGUAUGGAACUGGAGGAAAUAGCAGAGGUACUUAAUGAAUACUUUACUUCAGUAUUCACUAUGGAAAAGGAUCUUGGUGAUUGUAGUGAUGACUUGCAGCAGACUGAAAAGCUUGAGCAGGAAGAUAUUAAGAAAGAGGAUGUGCUGGAGCUUUUGGAAUCCAUCAAGUUGGAUGUCGCUGGGCCCGGAUGAGAUGUACCCCGGGCUACUGUGGGGGGCGAGGAAGGAGAUUGCUGAGCCUCCGGCGAUGACCUUUGCAUCAUCAAUAGGGACAGGAGAGGGUCCAGAGGAUUGGAGGGUUGCAAAUGUUGUUUCUUUAUUCAAGAAAGGGAGUAGAGAUAGACCAGAAAAUUAUAGACCAGUGAGUCUUAACUCAGUGGUUGGGAAGUUGAUGGAGAAGAUCCUGAUAGGCAGGAUUUAUGAACAUUUGGAGAGGCAUAAUAUGAUUAGCAAUAGUCAGCAUGGCUUUGUCAAGGGCAGGUCGUGCCUUAUGAGCCUGAUCGAAUUUUUUGAGGAUGCGACUAAACAUAUUGAUGAAGUAAGAGCAGUAGAUGUAGUGUAUAUGAAUUUCAGCAAGGCAUUUGCUAAGGUACCCCAUGUAAGGCUUAUUGAGAAAGUAAGGAGGCAUGGGAACCAAGGGCACAUUGCCUUGUGGAUCCAGAACUGGCGUGUCCACAGAAAGCAAAGAGUGGUUGUAGAUGGGUCAUAUUCUACAUGGAGGCCAGUGACCAGAGGUGUGCCUUAGGGAUCUGUUCUGGGACCCAUACACUUUGUGAUUUUUAUAAAUGACCUGGAUGAGGAAGUGGAGGGAUGGGUUAGUAAGUUUGCUGAUGACACUAAGGUUGGAGGUGUUGUGGACAGUGUGGAGGGCUGUCAGUGGUUACAGCGGGACGUUGAUAGGAUGCAAAACUGGGCUGAGAAGUGGCAGAUGGAGUUCAACCUGAAUAAGUGUGAAGUGGUUCAUUUUGGAAGGUCAAAUAUGAUGGCAGAAUAUAGUAUUAAUGGUAAGACUUUUGGCAGUGUGGAGGAUCAGAGGGAUCUUGGACUCCGAGUCCAUAGGACGCUCAAAAGCAGCUGUGCAGGUUGACUCUGUGGUUAAGAAGGCGUAUGGUGUCUUGGCCUUCAUCAAUCGUGGAAUUGAAUUUAGGAGCCGAGAGGUAAAGUUGCAGCUAUAUAGGACCCUGGUCAGACUCCAUUUGGAGUACUGUGCUCAGUUCUGGUUGCCUCACUACAGGAAGGAUGUGGAAGCCAUAGAAAGGGUGCAGAGGAGAUUUACAAGGAUGGUUCCUGGAUUGGGGACAUGGCUUAUGAGAAUAGGUUGAGUGAACUUGGUUUUCUCCUUGGAGUGACGGAGGAUGAGGGCUGACCUGAUAGAGGUGUAAAAUGCAACGAGACCGAGGUGUCAUUGUACACUAGUCAUUGAAGGUGGGCAUGCAAGUACAGCAGGCGGUGAAAAAGGCAAAUGGUAUGUUGGCAUUCAUAGCAAAAGGAUUUGAGUACAGGAGCAGGGAGGUUCUACUGCAGUUGUACAAGGCCUUGGUGAGUCUGCACCUAGAAUAUUGUGUGCAGUUUUGAUCCCCUAAUCUGAGGAAAGAUAUUCUUGCCAUAGAGGGAGUACAAAGAAGGUUCACCAGAUUGAUUCCUGGGAUGGCAGGACUUUCAUAUGAAGAAAGACUGGAUUGACUAGGCUUAUACUCACUAGAAUUUAGAAAAUUGAGGGGGGAUCUUAUUGAAACAUAUAAAAUUCUAAAGGGAUUAGACAGGCUAGAUGCAGGAAGGUAGUUUCUGAUGUUGGGGAAGUCCAGAACGAGGGGUCACAGUUUAAGGAUAAAGGGGGAAGCCUUUUAGGACCGAGAUGAGGAAAAACUUCUUCACGCAGAGAGUGGUGUAUCUGUGGAAUUCUCUGCCACAGGAAACAGUUGAGGCCGGUUCAUUGGCUAUAUUUAUGAGGAAGUUAGAUAUGGCCCUUGUGGCUAAAGGGAUCAGGGGGUAUGGAGAGAAAGCAGGUACAGGGUUCUGAAUUGGAUGAUAAGCCAUGAUCAUACUGAAUGGCCUACUCCUGCACCUAUUUUCUAUGUUUCUAUCUCUGUUUCUGUAAGAUGUUGAGAGGCGUUGAUUGUGUGGAUAGUUAGAGGCUUUUUCCCAGGGCUGAAAUGGUUGCCACAAGAGGACACAGUUUUAAGGUGCUGGGGAGUAGAUACAGAGGAGAAGUCAGGGGUAGGUUUUUUACUCUAGAGUA